AUGCAAUGAUCAGCUGUGAUUGACAUAUCUUGUCUAAUGUGUCGUCCACAAUUUUUGUGUUAAAUCUUGAAUGUGUUUUACAAAAUUAAAAGUAUGAAACGUCCAAAACAAACAUAUGACGAAAUCUAAGAUCACCUUGUACACGUCUCCAACACAAAAAUUAAUAAUUUACAUUGAUCCAGAGAAAAAAGGACAAGAAGCGUGUUUCUGUAAAUUUGUGAAUUCCGAAAAUAUAUUUCCAUCAGACGAAGCAAUACAUAUAGAAGAAACCAAGAGUUUACCUAAGGAAAACGCACAUUUUGACAAGGCUUCUUCUUCUGUAUCAACGGUGGAUGAAUGCAUUCCUCCACCUCAACUAAUUGAAAGACCUAAAGAAUUAACUCCAGAAGAAUCAGAUUUUAUAAUAGAUACAAACCUUGAUAAUGUCACUGAACUGAAUAAGCCCGAAAACGAAGUGAACAACAAUGUUUCCGAAGCAAAGAUGCAUCAUCGUGAAAAACCGCACAAAUUAAGUUUCGAUUUUGACAAAUCUCAAGAGUCAGUUUUAUUACUCAAACACCCAUCUUUCUCUUCAGCUCAUAGUAAAGCAGGAAAGAAAAUAGAAGUAGAUGCAAGUUUUCUUGAAAAUGUUGCUUCCGUUAUUGAAUCGGAUAACUUGGACACUCGAAAAGAGAAAUUAGAUCAACUUUUGAGUGGUAUUCAAAUUGCUGAAUUUCCCUCUAAAGCAAAACAGCAAUCAAAAUUAGGAAGUUGGUGGCCUGGCCUAUUUUCCAAGAAGAGAAAAGUUAAAAUAACUCCUCGAGAACCGACUCCACAACGUGCAGCUUCUGUUCCUUAUUUCAACCAUUCAUUUUAUCGUUAUUGUCUGAAAUCGCGGAUAGAAGGUCUCACUUUUCAGCCCCACAGAGUUUAUAAAUAUGGCGAACAAGGGUCAGGUUUUCAAGCGAAAAAAGGCUCUCAAGAUUUUUACGAAUUGCGGGACCAGUGUUUACAAAGAGGUCAACUAUUUGAGGAUCCUGAAUUUCCUCCAACUGACUCUUCACUUUUCUAUAGUCACAGACCAGACCGACGUUUUGAGUGGAGACGACCUGGGGAAAUUGUUGAUAACCCCCAAUUAUUCGUGGAAGGCUUUUCACGAUUUGAUGUACAACAAGGAGAAUUGGGUGAUUGUUGGUUACUCGCAGCUGUUGCCAAUUUAACACUCUAUAGAAGACUUUUCUUCCAAAUUGUUCCAGACGAUCAAGGGUUUGAUGAGAACUAUGCAGGGAUUUUCCAUUUUAGAUUCUGGCAGUAUGGACGAUGGAUUGAUGUUGUCAUUGAUGACCGUUUGCCUACAUACCGAGGUGAAUUGGUGUUUUUACACUCAACCGAAGCCAACGAAUUUUGGAGUGCAUUAUUAGAAAAGGCAUAUGCUAAGUUGCAUGGGUCCUAUGAAGCACUUAAAGGAGGUUCAACAUGCGAAGCAAUGGAGGAUUUUACUGGUGGUGUUACCGAAAUGUACGAAUUGGAUUCAGCUCCUCCGAAUUUAUUCAAAAUUAUUUUAAAAGCCUACGAACGGUGGUCGUUGAUGGGUUGUUCCAUUGAGCCGGACCCUGACGUGCUUGAAGCUCAAACCCCCGAAGGUCUCAUUCGAGGCCACGCCUACAGUAUCACAAAAGUCCAAUAUGUCAAUAUAGCGACACCGAAUGUUUCUGGAAAGAUUCCCUUAUUGAGAUUGAGAAAUCCAUGGGGUAACGAAUCUGAAUGGAAUGGGGCUUGGAGUGACCAUUCGCCUGAAUGGCAUUACAUUUCGGAUUCGGAUAAAGAAGAGCUCGGUUUAAAUUUUGAUGCAGAUGGUGAAUUCUGGAUGUCAUUUAAAGACUUCCAGCAACAUUUUAAUCGAAUUGAAAUCUGUAAUUUGAAUCCAGAUUCGCUCGCAGAAGAUGAAUUGACAGAAGGUCGGAAUAAAAAAUGGGUAAUGUCGGUGUUUGAAGGAGAAUGGGUGAGGGGCGUAACUGCAGGAGGGUGUCGCAACUUUUUAGACACCUUUUCUCACAAUCCCCAAUAUCGCAUCACUUUGAAUGAAGUCGAUGAAGGCGAUGAUGACGAUAAAUGCACCUUGAUUGUUGCUCUCAUGCAGAAAAAUCGCCGACAAAUGCGUCGCAGUGUUGGAGCAGAUUUACUAACCAUUGGAUUUGCAAUUUAUUAUCUUCCAUACCCUGAUAGAGCUCCCAAACCCUUAGACCUCAACUUCUUCAAAUACAACGCUUCCGUAGCUAGAUCGCCCAGUUUUAUCAAUUUGCGUGAAGUAAGCUGUCGCUUUAAACUCCCUCGUGGUACCUACUGUAUCGUGCCUUCAACAUUUGACCCCAAUGAGGAAGGAGAAUUUCUCUUGCGAGUCUUCUCAGAACAUCAAAAUAACAUGGAGGAGAAUGACCAACAAAUAGGAUUAGUGAGUGAACCUGUGGUUUCCCGGAAAUUGAAAACUGAGACAAAAGCUCAGCCUGAACCAACAGUAGAAGAAAAAAAGGAGAACGAUUUUAUGUUUAAGCUAUUUAAAACCGUUGCUGGAAAAGAUGAAGAAGUGGAUUGGAAAGAACUGAAAGAAAUUUUAGACCAUUAUACUCGAAAGGAAGAGCCAACUGUAGCAAAGACUUUGGACAGCGUUGGGGCUACUCCCGAAAUAAAUCAUCCCAAUUCCGAUCAAAACAACGUUUUUACGACAAUAUUAAGUCUCCUUUGUGGAGCAUUAUGUAAAGAUACUCCAUUCGCCGAAGUUCUUCCAACCCCAACACAAGACAUCGUACUAAAUGAAACGCAUUUUGAAACCAAAAAUAAAGGAUUUUCUAAAGACGUUUGUCGCAGUAUGAUUGCAAUGUUAGAUGUUGACAGAACAGGAAAAUUGAAUUUUGAGGAAUUCAAACGGCUUUGGGAAUCUGUCAGGCAUUGGAAGAACAUUUUUAAACAACAUGAUAUAAACGAAUCUGGUACUUUGACGGGUUUUGAAUUAAGAAACGCAUUGACUUCGGCUGGAUAUAGUUUAAAUAACCACAUAUUAAAUAUUCUUAUGCAUCGAUAUGGAAAUAAAAGCAACGAAAUUGAGUUUGAUGAUUUUAUUAUGUGUGCCGUUAAAUUGAAAAUAAUGAUAGAGUUAUUUAAGCAAGUUGCUUCACCUGACGCCGAUGCAGCGACCUUUAACUUAUCCGAUUGGAUCGAAAACACACUUUACUGCUAAAAAAUUGAAUAAACACGAAAUUGUUACACUUUUAUAUUCAUUAUUACAAAUUUAUAAAUCUUGUAAUGUUUUCAUGUUGUUAUAUUUAUAAAAUGAGAUGUUACCUGUA